AUGAGUACUUCCGCCUCGAACACGCAAACUCCUUCGAUUGCCGCUUCCUCGACCGCUACGCCCGCGAACAGCUCCUCUGCAGGAUCGUCCGCCACCGUGGCCGCUGGAUCGGCUCAGCCCGCUACCCGCAGUUCCUACGCCAAUGCGACCAAGAAGAUCUCUGAUCCGAUUAUCGCCAGCAGCGGAACCCCGCCGGUAGUGGGAGGCCCGCAGACGGCGCACCAUGGCAAGGCCCCGUCCGUUUCCCCCGUCAACGGCAGCAGCAGCAUCAAGCCUGUCGUUCCCGCCAUGCCCACCAUUGUGAGCGGCGGCCCAAAUGGCAACGGCGGUGACCACAACCGCAAGUCUUCGGUGCACAUCAAGCAGACGCCCCCAACCACGGGUCCACCCUCUGGCAUCAAGUUUGGCCAGCUGGCUGCCUCGCCUGCGCCUGCGCACGCAUCGCCCGCCGUCCAAGGAAAUUUGAACCCACAAAUGCAAAAUCCGCGCAUUGCCUCGCCAGCGCAUUCACCUUCCCCCAUCCCCACGCCUAUCUCGGGGGGACCCAAGCCCGACGGACUGCCUACACGCCCCAAUCUGGUCUUCGGUGGCCAAGGCGGUGACAGCAACGAAGCUAACUCCCGCCCUCCCAUGCCCCCUCAACCCAACGCCAUCCCACAGGCUCAGCACCUUCGCCGCGAGUCUUCGCACUCUGCGCACAGUGACAUGAGCAACGCAAACAUGGGCCGUGGCUACCCCCCCGCCGCUGGCCGUGGCGGCCGUGGUUUCCAGCCGCAACACUACAACCCAAACAUGGCCAACCACUCACCGCAGCCCUACCGUCCCCUACCUCACCAGCAGAUGGGUCGCGGGAUGCCACCGCCUUUCCAGCCUCAGGGUAUGCAGCAGCAGGGCUCGCCAUACCGCCAGACUCGCAGCCCAGCCAUCACACCCGCUACCAUGCACCAACAGGCACAUCUCGCCAAUCCUCAAGGUAUGCCUUAUUACCCAGGCCAGCAGUACCCUCAACCUGGCAUGUACGGCAUGGGCGGGCCAGGUCUCGACCCAUACAACAACUACUACGCCGGCCAGAGUUAUGGUCUGCAGCAGUCGAUUCACUACCCCGGUGUUCCUGCGAGCCCCAAUCGCGGCCAUGGUUUCCCCGCACAAAUGCCCUACGGCGUUGCUGCUCCCUAUGGCCAACCACCUCAAGCUCCAGGCAUGUCGCGGACCCCCUCAAACAUGUCCGAGCGUCCACAGUCUGCCGUUCCCCAACCCAGCACGCCUGCGAUGACCAAUGUCAACCACAUCUCGCACACCCAUACACCCAGCGUGACUGCGGCAAGUCCAGUUCCUGGCUCCACUUUUGAGCGCCCGAAGAAACAGAGCAAGGCCAUUGUCAUCAAGAAUCCCGAGGGAGGGGUUGUCGACGUUCCCAAGCCAAAGGGUACCGCCUCACCUGUCCCAGCUGCUGUCGCCGCUCCACCUGCCGCUCCCCGUUCCCCCGCGAUUGCUGCUACACCCACUCCGCCGCCACGUGCUCCUAGUGCCACCGACUCGGUAUCGGCUGAUGAUGCCGCUAAGAUGGCAAAGGAAAAGAAGCAGGCCGAGUUUGUCAAACAGUUCCAGGAGACUCUUCGUCUCCAGGAAGAGGCCGACAAGAAGGCAAAGGAUACGUCAGAGGCUGACGCAAAGGCUGAAGCUGAAGCCAAGCAAAAGGCCAAAGAGGACGCCGAAGCAAAGGCCGCCCAAGAGACGAAAGACAAGGAAGCUGCCGAUGCCGCUGCAAAAGCCGAGGAUGACGAGGCCGAAAAGAAGCGUCUCGAAGACGAAGAGAUGGAGCGCAUGAUUGCCGAGAUGGAAGAAGAAGAGCGCAAGCGCGAGGCUGACGAGAAGCGUUAUGCCGAGGAAAAGAAAGCUAAGGCUGAAGCUGAAAAGGCCAAUGCCGCGGAAAAGAUCAAGCAAGAGGAGGAACGUCUCCGCAAACUCGAGCGUGAGGCUGAAGAGGCAGAGGCCGCUCGUGAAGCCGAGACUCCUGAGCAGAGGGCUGAGCGUGAAGCCAAGAACAAGGAUCUCUUCGCCAGCUUGAAGAAGAACACACAGUUUGGCCCAGGUGCCAACCUCGCUGGUGAGACCAGCGGUGACUCCACACCGGUCGAGCCUGCCGCAGCUCCUAUUGCCGCUCCUGUUCCCUCGAAGCCUCUCAGCGCGACCAAGUCCAAGCCAGCUGCUUUGAAGCUCGAGACCAAUAAGACGGUCGAACCCGCACAGCCCACUGCUGGUAUGCAGGCGCUCAAGUCUGCACGCUUCUUGCAAGUCAAGGCGGAGCUUGUCAAGUACCCUGAGGGCAUCCAGUCGCCCAACCCUGCUUUGAACCUCAGCACCAAGAGCAAGGGCCGUCAAUAUGACAAGGACUUCUUGCUCCAGUUCCAGGAGGUCUUCAAGGAGAAGCCAUCCACUGAUUGGGACAUGAAGCUCAAGGAGACGGUUGGUGACGAUCCAGCUUCUGCUCGCGGUCCGCCCUCUGCCCGCCCUGGUGGUGGUGCCGGCAUGGGUAGCCGCACGGGCUCCCGUAAUGCCACCAGCAACGUCAUGGGCCAGUUCCAAGGCAGCUUCAACACCAGCCGCACACUCGCGCCAGGCACGACUUCUGAACAGCGUUUCCAACAAGCCAAUCGCGGCGGCUCAAUGCAGAACCCUCUUGCUCAACAUGUCAUGGGCGGUGGUAAUCGCACCGGUGCCUUCCCUAUGGCUCCUCCAAUGGCUCGUACUGGUUCGUACACGACCAUGCCCCACGGUGGCCCCAACUCUCCUCGUGUUGGUAGCUCACGUGGCAAGGGUGGAGCUGGUGGUGGCAGUCGUCGUGGUGGUGGCAAGAACGAAGGUCGCGAGGCGGCUCAGAUGCCCCUCACCGCUGGUCAGGAAGUCAAGGCACUCGAACGGUCCAAGACUGGAUGGCAACCACCCUCGGUCACGCAGCCUGCUCAGGUUCAGGCUCAGAUGGCUGCCGGGCACAUGGCACCGGACAUGGUGCAACGCAAGGUCAAGGCUGCGCUCAACAAGAUGACGCCCGAGAAGUUUGACAAGAUCUCGGACCAGAUCCUGGAGAUUGCUGCUCAGUCCAAGGACGAGACCGAUGGUCGUACGCUUCGACAAGUCAUUCAACUCACAUUCGAGAAGGCUUGCGACGAGUCCCAUUGGUCUUCCAUGUAUGCCAAAUUCUGUAGCCGUAUGCUUCAGACCAUGAGCACUGAAAUCAAGGAUGAAAACGUCCGCGACAAGCACAACCAGCCCGUCGUCGGGGGUGCUCUCUUCCGAAAGUAUCUUCUCAACCGCUGUCAAGAAGAGUUUGAGCGUGGUUGGGAAGUCAACCUGCCCGAGGCUCCAGAGGACGGAAAGGAGGCUCAGUUGCUGUCCGAUGACUAUUACAUCGCUGCGGCCGCCAAGCGAAAGGGUCUUGGUCUCAUUCAAUUCAUCGGAGAGCUGUACAAGCUGGGCAUGUUGACGCUUCGCAUCAUGCACGAAUGUGUCCUCAAGCUUCUUGAUUUUGAAGGACUCCCUGAUGAAGCUGCUAUUGAGAGUUUGGUCAAGUUGCUUCGCACUGUUGGUCAGACCAUGGAAUCUGCCGAGGCCGGUCCCAAGAUGAUCAACAUGUACUUUGAACGCAUCGAAAAGGUCAUGAACAUGGAAGGACUCCCAUCGCGUAUGCGUUUCAUGUUGCUCGAUACGAUUGACAUGCGCAAGUCUGGCUGGAAGUCCAAGGAUGUGCUCAAGGGCCCCAAGACCAUCGCAGAGAUUCACCAAGAGGCCGUUGCAGCCCAACAAGCAGCCGAGAUGGAACGCACGCGCUCGAAUCAGCGUGGCGGCGGCGGUGGUGGUGGACGUCUACCCAUGGGCCGUGGCGAUGCUCGCUCAUUCUCUGGCGGUGGCAUGCCACCGCCUCCCGACAACGGGGGUCGUGUGCAGAUGGAUGAUCUCCGCAAGUUGUCCAAGGGUGCUUCUGGACGUAACCUAAACAACGCAGGGCCACUGGGUCCAUCCAUGCUCGGUAAUCGCAGUGGCAGUGGCCGUCGUGGUCUUGGCCCUGGCAUGAUGGGAGGUCGCGGUGAUGAGUCUGGCAUGUCCUCGCGGACUGCCACACCACCUACACAAAAGGAGAAGGAGCCAGCUGCUCAUGCGAAUGCGUUCAGUGCCUUGGCAGCGCUCGAUAACGACAUGGCCGAGGCCUCUCCAUCCCACGCUGCAGAAGAGUCUACUGCAGAGACGGAGGCCAAGCCUUCCGAGUGA